AACCCAUUUUUCGCUUCGUGCAGCAGAAGCGACGCACGGAGCUGCCGCUACCACCACACCAGAUUUGUGGAGAAGCAUGUGAUGACUCACGCAAGGCAGACUGCUUCCCUCAGCCGGAAUCACAGUAGUGCUGAGGGGUGGGACAACAACCGUCCUUGGCCUCAUGGUGGCGCAAUGGGUGGUGACUGGCCUGAGCGUACGUUACGGUUUGGAAGGACAAAGAAGAUAAGUGGAAUCCUUAAACAAGGAAAAGUCAUGGCUAAGGGGAUAAACAAGAAGAAAGAAGUCAAACGAUCAGACAAAAGCAGAAAGCUAGACCGGAAGCAAGAAAAGAAACGGGACCGCAAGUUGUACCCUUUGCGAGGGAGGGCUGGGAAUUCAGAUGGGGAAGACAUAAGCUGCCAUGUUCUUCUUACUCGUUUGGAAGAAAGGUUGAAACAAAGGAAAGGCAAAGUUUGCUCCAAAUCCAAAACAGGGAAAUGUAAAGAAAGAAAACAGUCAAGUUCAUUACCAAAAAACAAAUUAAAACGAAAAAGCCCAAGUUUUGCAGCGUGCAUUGGACUCGGAGACCUGCAACCACGCAAACGCAGACUGGCCUCUCUCAAUGCCGAAGCAGUGAACAGUCUACUGCUUGAAAGACCCAUUGAUGCCCAACCAGCUGCCAAACAGGCCAGGAGACAGGAAGAGUCUGUAGACGGAGGGGUUUCUCCUGAUCUGGGCAGAAGUACUGUCACUGGAUGUCUCAAAGCUUCUCGAGAGAACGUUAGGAAAACCUCUACAUCUGACAAGCUUGAUCUGUGCCAAAGCUCUAAGCUAAGCAAGAAAGUUAGGCGAGGUGAUGGAAGCAUUUGGAUGAGCCAAGAAUGCCUGAAUGCUCCUGCACCCAGACGGUUAGCUGGACUCAAUGCCGCAGCCCUGCUAAAGUUAACUAGUUCCUCUGCUACUAGUAAACAGAGAGCAAAGGCUACACCCUUGGUAGCUAUCGCUUCAGACUGUGUGGCUCCAGCUGCAGUCUCAACACCAAAGCAGCACCACAGGGUCCAAUUCCACCACAAGGGAAGUUUACAAAAGCAGAACGAGAAAAAAGUCCCUCCGUCACCGAGUGGCUGCACAAGCUGCAAGAAGCAGGUAGACUUUGAGCCCAAGGUAGAGUGGGAGACAGGCAGCUGCACCCAUCACCUGACCAAGCCGGGCUACCAGUCUCGGAGCAUGCUAGCCUACCCACUGAAGCAAGUUAAGGAAGAACAACUGGAGACUGAACUGAGCCCAUACUACUGCUGUCCUACUGAAGGAUCUGUGGAAUACUGCCACCGCUUGGCCUACUUCCUUGGUCAGCAGCCCUACGGAGACUCAGAAGACCCGUCCCUUAAGUCAGCCAUGACCCCCGUGAAGCCUGAGUGCCUAGUAACCUCACCGUCACUCACACAUUCUCACCCACACACAGCACUCACCCUUAGCCCCCACACGUGCCUGUGCACCGCCGACCACUGCUUCUCCAGCUACUACGUCCACAUAGCCCACCCGACACACACUGGAACAAAUUCGGCAACCUUAACCACGCGACCUCUCAACUUCACCUCCUCCAGUUUGUGCCCCAACCCUAUCACGGACUCCAAGCUGCUGGGACGGCAGGUGACCCAUCCCUCGGGAUUAGCCCACCCCACCUACUACAACUCCGUGGCUUCGCACUGUUAUGGAGACGCCUGUGGGAUCGGCGGCUACACCUACAGAGCAAUGCCUCCGGUCACAAACAGCAGUUGUUCCUUCAGUGCAGGAUGUGCUGGAUGUACGCACGGCAUCAAGACAGAGACUUACUCCUCCUCGCCGGGGGGUCACAGCCCUUCCCUUCUGGUUCCCCCCACCAUGCCCAUCUCCAGCUGUCCUCUAUCCAGCGUGCCCACCUCCACACAGACUAAAACCCGCCUGCUGAGCCCCCUGUCUGAGAGGGACCAGCCCCAGGCCAGGUUCAAAUUAAAGAGACGCCCACAGAGCGCCAAGGUCUCCAACAGCUCCCUGUCCACGAGCCGUACUCAGCUACUGACGAAGCAGCUGUCGCCCGUCCCAACCCUCAGCAAACAGAAGAAAGUCAGCCGAAGACGAGCCACCAACGGCUGGCGGCCUGUUGGGACACCUACAGAGAGGGAGGUCUUUGUUGCGGGCGAGGAUGAGGCGGCUGUGCGGCAGUGUUACGAAGGCGUCGAGAGGGACGGAGAGGUGAUCUGUGUAAGAGACACCGUGCUGCUACGAUCCGGCCCCAGGAAGAAAUCUCUCCCAUACGUUGCCAAGAUAUCAGCACUCUGGGAAGACCCCAAAACAGGAGAGCUGAUGAUGAGCCUUUUCUGGUACUACAGACCUGAGCACACCCAGGGCGGCCGAGAUCCUGGCACACACUGUGAGAAUGAGAUUUUCGCCUCUCGGCAUCAGGAUGAAAAUAGUGUGGCCUGCAUCGAAGACAGAUGCUAUGUUCUCCCACUUGCCCAGUACUGUAGAUUUUGUGCCUUGAUAAAGCGGCGUGCCGAAGGCGCUCCACCUGGUGGGGCCAGCGUGGUGCCCUUCCGCCCUGACUUCGCGCCCCCCUCCCACCGCUGUGUGCCCACAGACAUCGACCCCGACUUGGUGUACCUCUGCCGGCACGUCUACGACUUCCGUUACGGACGCAUCUUGAAAAAUCUGCAGUAGAGGACUAGAAGGCUGUCGCACCUUUGAAUUAAUUGUCUCGUAGCUCCGCCCCCUGCACAGAGAAGGGGCACUUGAAGGAUUGAACACCCCUUCUGACCAGGAGAAGGAAGGGGAUUGGUUUAGACAAAUGUAUGGACAGAAAAUGAAGCACAUAAGUGUUGUAGAACUCGUACGGUUCUUCUCAGUCAGAGCACCAGAACUGGUUUGAAAAGCCAACAAGGCAAAUGUCAUUCAUCAGAUUUGUCAUCAUAGUGGCGUCAAACCGGUCAGCAAUCCUUCCGUUUCCUCUGAAGCAUCUUAGCACAACAGUCCUGCUCCAUUUGUACGCCGCUGCCUCGUGAAUCGUCCGGCGCUAAGGUGCAGUCGAGGAACACAAGCCUUUCCCGUCUGCUCGGCGGUAACGGUUCUCCGCCCGCUGGAGUCAAAAGAUCAGCUAAUG